AUGUGGAUAGGCGGGCCUUCAAAUCAUCGAAGUCUGUUGCCUCUCAAUAUCGAGCCUUUAUCUGAGUCUGGGCCUGAAUACUUCAAAUUCUCGGAAAUAUUGCUUCCUCAUGCUGAGCUCAUUCUUCAACAUCACUUUAAGAAAGACACCAAAGAUUCGGAAUUAGCUAGAGCGAAGCUACUUAUGGCUUCUGGAGCAUAUAUUGUAUGGGACGGCGAUCAUGAUGAAGCGCAAGUGAGAUUUGAGCGAUCAAUAGAGAUAAACAGUAGCUAUCUCGGCGAAAAACAUGUGGAAACAAUGUCGGGUAUAGGGCUACUAGGACUAGGCUGGGUUAUUGGUGUUCUGCAAGACGACGUGAAAGCUCUGCAGAUUCUGAAGCGCGUUGUAAAAAAUAGCCGUGAAAGCUUAGGUGGGGAUGGUCCUAGGACGAUUAACAGAUUGAGUGAUCUCACCACAGCCAUUGCUUUGGCUGGCGAAUACAUGGAAUCUGAGACCAUGCAACGUGAAGCUUUGGCUCGCAGUGAGCGCGUCCUCGGGAGGGCACAGAAUGAAACGCUAAACUGCACGGCGCAUCUUGCCAAUGUCCUCGGCGAUCCAGGUAAAACUGAGGAAGCAGUCAAGUUACGACGGGAUGUCUAUGACGCCAAAAAGGCUCCUUGGCAAUUUUCACCCAGAUACGCUUAUUGCCGAAGGAAAUUUAGCUUUGAUACUAAGCGAGAGUGA